UGCAGAACCCGGUGCCUGCCGCUCUGCGCUACCAGCCCGCCUGCCCCACGAGGGCCGCGUGUGUCUACAGCAGCUGCUACUGGUUGAGAUGCAGGUCCUCUUAAUUUUGGAAGAGAGGCCUAGAGAUUUUGAAGGAAUAUUCCCAAGGUCACCUAGCCGGUAACAGGAGUCCAGCUCACGCCCUGUGGUCCCGGACACCUGGUGUUAACCGCUGUGCUGUCGUUGUGAUGAUGGUUACAGUUGUGCAGCACUAGCCCUGCGCCGAGCGUCGUUCAUGCUGGCUUAAGUCGACUACCUCGCUUGAGCCCCACAGGAGCCUUGAAGUGAAGAAAAUAUUUGGAAGCUCUGUGAAUACAUCAAAAACCAUGACCAGUAUCCUUUAGAAGAAUGUUAUGCUGUCUUUAUAUCAAAUGAGAAGAAGAUGAUCCGUAUCUGGAAGCAGCAGGCUAGACCUGGAAAUGGACCCGUGAUCUGGGAUUACCAUGUUGUUUUGCUUCAUGUUUCAAGUGGAGGACAGAGCUUCAUUUAUGAUCUCGAUACUGUGCUGCCAUUUCCCUGCCCCUUUGACACAUAUGUCGAAGAUGCCUUUAAGUCUGAUGAUGACAAUCAUCCACAGUUUAGGAGGAAAUUUAGAGUGAUCCGUGCUGAUUGCUACUUGAAGAACUUUGCUUCUGACCGGUCUCACAUGAAAGACUCCAGUGGGAACUGGCGGGAACCUCCCCCACCUUAUCCCUGCAUCAAAACUGGAGACUGCAAAAUGAACCUGAAUGAUUUCAUCAGUAUGGAUCCUGGAGUCGGAUGGGGAGCUGUCUACACACUACCUGAAUUCGCACAUCGGUUUAGCAGUAAAAGCUGCUGAACUGGACAUCAGGGUGUAGAAUUGUGGAGAACUUGGGCACACGAAAAGGCCACCCUGUCAUGUAGUACAACAAAUGUGGUACCAUUGGCUUGGAGUUAUGUUUUUCUCUUUUAAUUCAGUGGAAUGGAAACAUGGAUGAACACAGUACAAAUGAACUAAAUAAAACCUUUAUGGGCUGAGGUAGAAUGCAUGUUUAGCGUGUGUGAGACCCUGGGUUCCAUCCCAGCACCACAAAUAAAAGAAGACCUUCCCUCGGUGUGUCAGGUGGACAUGUGCCCUGGUGUCUUAUGGCUGCCCUAGGGCUCCUGUGUUAAAGUGUGUGGCGGCUGAGGCCAGGCCUUGCUGUGUGCAGAUGAGUUGACUCUCCUGCAUGUUUCUGUCUCUAGCCAUACUGUAAGCCCCCUGUAUUUCACGGAUAUGUGGAUGUUUGGUGCACCCGUAAAAGAUACUCAUAAGAUAUUCCUGGAGACAGCACUGCUGCUUGGAAAGGAAUUAUAUCGUGAGCUGAGUCAGCAAUAAGAAUUAGUCUUUUUGGACUACAAUGUUGUUAACGAUUUCCUUUAGGCGGAGUGAUAUUUGGUCUAUUUAUAAGUGAUUUUUUAAAAAUAGAAUUUAAAAUUUGUGUUGAAGGUUUUGUCUUUUCUUUUUUG